AUGUCUAUCAUCGACGAGACAAGAGGUCUUCUAGGGAACGAGGCUCCGUCUCAUUCCAAACGUCUAUCCCACUACCUCCAUGAUGAAGUUGCAACACGCGGCGGAGAUCUACUACUCUUAAUCUGCUAUGUUAUAACCGGACUCCUGGAUAGCUCAGCUGUCUUCGUAUGGGGAUCUUUCGUCUCAAUGCAGACCGGAAACACCGUCUAUUUCGGUCUGGGCCUUGUUGGAACUGAUGACGAUCGGUGGAUCAAAUCCGGCGUCUCCAUCUGCGGCUUCUGUCUUGGCUCGAUCUUCUUCGCUGCUUUCCAUCGCACGUUCUCUCCUAGGAAGCGAUGGGUUCUUUGUGCUUCUUUCUUCUUGCAAUUGUGCUGUGUCACUAUCGCUGCUGUCGUUGUGACUGUUUAUCGCCCGGCACGCGACACCCCGCUUGGCUGGCUUGUCUUGGUGCCGAUCGCGCUUGUGGCAUUCCAGAGUAGUGGUCAGGCUGUUACUAGUCGCGUGCUGAACUUUAAUGGUCUGACAAGUGUUGUUCUCACGAGUAUCUACUGUGAUCUUUUCUCUAACCCGGCCCUACUCUCUACCGGUGUGUUCGGCCACGUUGAGGAGAUGCGUCGCGUCGGUGCUGUAAUUUCUCUCUUGCUUGGCGUUGUGCUAGGUGGUUUAUGGUCACAUAGCUCGAUGGGGAUCAUGGGCGCGCUAUGGACUGCGGUAUUUCUUAAGGCACUAGUUCUCACUGCAUGGCUGGGAUGGAAGAAGGUGGAUGAGAACCAUGAUGAGUAA